AUGUCAUCUUCGCCGCCAUUGCCCGUGAGCACUGCUUCCGAUGAGCGGUCUAUAUGGAGAGACACCGAUCAGUAUAAAUUUCGCAAACAUAUUAUAGACCUCCAGCAAGCCUGCAAUAACAUCCCCGAGGAUCCAAAGCUGCAUGUGCCCGAAGAUUGGCAUGGCCGACGACCUUCAAGCAAUGACGAUGGCCGUGUUCUGCCGUUCGAAGUCGAGGAACGACUUAGUAAUGAUUUUGCUUUCCUGGUGGCUAAUCAGAAAGAUGCCGAGACAGUCUCUGCCGUUGCCUUAGAAGAAAUUGUCGAGCCUCCAGGCUUGAUUGCUUGGCUUGCCGCUAACGGAGGCGUACAAGAAGGCGUGGUUAAUGCAUUGCAGGCAAUAUUCAGUAUACUUGAGAAGUGUGGCAAAAGACAGCUGCAUCGCACAGUGUGCCGAGACUUGAUAUUCGAUGAAGUUGUCGCAUUGAAUCGGGAUCGUAUAAAUGGUCGGCUUCAGUCCAAAAAUUGGAUCAUGCCUGGAUACCUUGGAGCCGCUCGGCGCGAGCAGCUACAUCAAAGUCUUCAAGCAUUUGCGCAACGUGCAGUCCCAAUUGCUCGCGCUGUUGGCGCUGCAAGUUUGGAGCGCAAUAUUGACGAUCUGUGCUUGAAAUAUCAGAGUGUUGACAGCAGCAUCAAGGACACGGACGAGGAGCUCCAAUCGAUCAAAGCAGCGGUGAAGCAAAGUCACGGGUUCUGUAGCACUCCAGAUGGAAUGAGAAUUGAAGAAACGAUCGCCAGUUAUGGGCUCGACCCAGGGAUAGCUCUCCAAAACAAACACAUUCGCCAGGUUGAUAAGAUUGGGCGGUACUGGGGCCUAUGUGAAGACAUGGCUUCGACUUCAAGAAGGUAUUCAAAUUUGUUCAAAUCGAUUCGACUUGAGAUAGUUCCACGGUAUCGACCAUUCACGCCGUCAGUAGUGUUUCCGAACAAAGCUAUCCUGUGCCACGUCCAUGCCGAGAUUCAGCUUGUGACCUUUUAUGGUCUACACCCCGAAAUCGUUAAGAUAAAGCCUCGCGUCUUGGGUGUAAGCAAAGCCGCUUGCUACCUUUGUGACCUCUUCAUCUUCCAUCAGAAGCAUUUCUUCAUCAGCAAAACGCAUGGUAGGUUGUACCACCAGUGGAAUGUACCAGAUUUAAAAGAAUUCAGCCAAAGCCAGCUCCUGGAAUAUCGCCAUGCCCUGGCAAUGAUGAACGAUCAACUUCAAAACUCCCUCGCUACCAAGAGAAGGAAUCAAUGGAGACGGGCCUAUCCGCUGGAAAGUUGGCAAGUCUUGCGAAGCGGGUUUCCGACCUCUCCUCUGCCCUCAAGUGUAGGGACCCUGAUAUCUAGACUAAGCUCCCCCAUUGCUAGCGCCGUCACCUCAAGCACUAUGACGCCUCGAGCCAGACCUAUUGAUCCAUCUCCGUGUCCAGGAUAUGAAGCGAACAAUUCCAGUACUCACAACGCUCUCGGUUCGCUUUACUCAAAUGCUCCGUCUCCAAGGCUACCGGCCUCUAGUCAUUUGUCGUCGGUCCGGAAGCCCCACCUAGUGAGUAGUUGCCACGCUGCCAUGCCUACUCAACAAAGAGAGAACCUGUCCCUCUCCGCGAGCAGCAUCGCGUCUUCGGAGCUCCCAGUUCAAAGGAACUUCACCGCGGUAUCCCCGAUUCGGUCGAGAAUUGGUAAUAUGUCCUUGACCUUCGAGACUGAAGGUGCUGUUCAGGGAAGUGUAGCCAUUGCGCGAAUCUUAGACCGCCAAUCUCCGACGCCUGCGAAUUCUAUCGACGUAGAUGCACUCAAACCCGGUGAAGUUAAGGAGUUCGCCAGAGAGGCCGAUGGCGAAAACGUGGUGUUGAACCUGAACCACAGUCAAGAUCAGUCAACUCAAAUUACCUUGCGGUGGCUGUAA